AUGGACCGCCCUCAACUCCACCGGCCGGAGCCCGAGAAGCUCAGUUAUGGAAGCGUUGGCCAGUACCGAAGGCUUCAGCAACCCCGGGGGAAAAACAGCUUGUUCAAGAGGAAGGGGAUUGAAAGAUGGCAUAGAGUUGUGUCUCCCAACUUGGUAAAACAAAGCCUAUUGGUCCCCAAAGAGGAAUCAUCGAGUGGCAGCGACAUGGAAUUUCAUGGAAGCCAGCGAAGUCAGAGGAAAAGUGUGAGGAGGAAAGUGAAGUCCUUCGUCCGGAGGAUGCUGCCAUCCCGGCGCAGACACAAGCCAGUCGGUGUGGGCACCAUCAGCCCUCGGGACGCCCUCCUUCCUGAAGGGGCCCAGGAGCGCCCGCCGCCCAGGCUGCCCUCCACACCGAGGACGAGGAAGCGCUCACAGAAUGCCGCUCUGCAACUGGACGUGGUAGAAGCAGAGACGGAGGCGAUAACCCGAGGAAGCACACUGCUCCGGGCCAGUACCACCAGGCGGCUGUCUGUGACAGCCCUCCCUGCAGGGCGGCACAAGGUCCCAUACACCUCAAAAAAGAGACCACACUUCCCUGCACUUAAAAAGAAGAAACACGGCAUGAAAAAUAACCUCCAAAGACAAGAUUUGACAGUAGGAAAGCUUCAAAUGCAGGUGGAUGACCUCAUAGGAACAGUGACUGACAAGUCCCUGAAGUUACUGGCCCAAAGGCAUGCCGAGCUUCAGCAGUGCGAGUUUCUAGGGGACGAAAUUCUUCAGUGUUCUAAGCAGUUCCAGAGGGUUUCCAAGAGAACCAUGAGGAAGUAUAAACUAAAAAAUGUGUGUUUCCCAUGUACGUGCUGUUGCUUCUGA